CUGGAAGAAGGCAAAUCCUUGACUGAUCAGUAUAUUUUGUGAUACUCAUACUCAUACACACCCAAAGAAAAGAGCAUGGAUUCAUGAAAGGGAGCGCAUAGAAACUACAGACACCCAAAAACAGAGGCCAUCUUGUCUUGAAGGUCAUGAUUGCUCCCAAAUUGGGGAGGCAAGGUUGAAGCUGUACAAAAUUUUGUUCCUAAAACACCUAAUUGUAUUAUUGUUUACAUCUCCCGUGGACAUCCAAACCCACAUAUCCAAAUAAUACUACGUAGUAAUAUGAAGCAUAUUUCAUCAUUUCCUAAUCAUAUGAACCUCCAACUAGAUGAAAAUAUCAACUAAAUUCAUUCAAGAUUAACAAGAAACUAACCAACACAAUCAUUCUUGUCACAGACAAAACAUAUAAAAACAAACAUGGAACGGUAAUAGAAUUACUAGAUGAGUUUGAAAGGAAGAGGCCAUGGAGUGGACCUAGGAACCUCCAAUUUGUCCUUGAUGCGUUCGAUCUUCUUCUCCUUCUUAGGUCUCGAGUUUCCGUACGAUCCUUUGAACCGCUUCCCCUUCUUUGUCUUCUUGUCCCCUCGACCGCACAGGACCGGCGCUUCUCCCAUCGCGGAUGUGCUGCGGCUAACUGAAGACGACUGUGACAAAUACGAAAUCCGCCGUUCCGAUGCGACCACCAACCGCUUCGCCGCCGUGCACCACCAGUUCACCGCUGCCAUCGUGAUUUCCCCCAAUCUUAAACCCUAGAGUUCCGAAGACGGCUGAUUCCAGCGAGGUGGUGUGUUUCUGGAGGGGUUUCUUUUUGGAAGCCCCACACUCUCACUCGGAUCGGUUUGGGUAGAGUUGUAA